CCCCUGCCCCCCACUCCGCCUUCCCCAAAAAUACCUCCUUCUCCACCCAGAAACAAAUCCGUCACCUUCUGCUCCCACUGCAAACAUGGCAACAAAGAAAACAAUGAAUCGGAUGUCGAUGUCAGAUACUACUCAGAUCCAGGCCGCAACGUUGAAAAACCAAAAGUUAUAGAAGGAAAAAAGGACCAAGACACCGACAGCGACCAACGUUAUUAUUCCGAGCCGGACGCGAAAAAUUACUUCGAGAUCGAUUACGAAUUCCUCAAAGAACUACGUAGAAUUGCAAGAAACAAUUGCCCGAAAUGCAGACGAAAACGAUCGAGAAAAAGCAGCGACAAAGAUAGACCUAGGACAUCUAAGAAAACAGUCGAAAUCAAAAGGGAUUUGUCAAGAGAGAAACGUGACAAAUUGCAAGUGAAAUACAAAGAAAAAGGUAAAAGUAAACCGACUAGAAAUGUCCGAAUGAAGGAGAAUUAUGUGUUCUGCAAUGGUCGGUAUCACAGUGACAAAGAACAUUGCCAACUUUGCUGCCGCGUCUGUAAUCGAUCGACCGAUACUUUAGACUCUAUAGACGACGAGUUUUCGCUCGCAUCCAAAAGCUAUAAUUCUAAAGCUUCGACUUUACAAUCUCAAAGCCGGACGCCUCAGAAAAAUAGUGAAAGAAAAAACUCUAUUCAAUCGAUAAAAUCUGUUCAAUCGAUUAAAUCCGUGUCCUUUCUUGAAUCCAGUGCCGACGAAAAAGACGAGACUAACUACACGGCAAAGAGUUUUACAAACGAUUUGAAGAAGUUUCUUCUAAGACCGUCUACGCCGAGAUUGAGUUUUAAAAACAAAUUCAUGAUCAGCAUAAAACAAGAAUUGGAAGCCACGAAAAAAUCGCCCAAACUCAAAGCAAUAAAAGGUUUGUGGAAGUCUUAUUAAUUUCAGAUUUUCGGAAAUUAUAUAUUUAACGUUACAAUUUUAUGUAUUAUUGGUGCUUUACGUUCGGGACUGCAGUCCUUUCAUAUCUUAUACGAGAAAGUUUAAAAAACAACGCAAGUGUUCAGAAUUGGUCUAAAGAUAUAUUGGAAUACCAAGGUUUCGGUGCUACUUUUAAGCUGAAAGUUUAUACGAGCUGACAAAAAAAUU